GAACGUGCCACAGUAAUACAGCAACCCUCACUCACUCACUGUGCCCCCCCCCAAACUACAUUUCCCAGAGGCCCCCGCGCGGGGGGAGAGUGGGGGGCGUGGCCGGGACGUCUCAGCGCGGGAGAUUCGGGAACUGCCAGCGAUUGUGCUGCGACUGACCGACCGAUCUAUCAGCCAUGUCGUCAGAUCCGGACCGUGCCGUCCAGGAUCUGGACGACUUGCUGCACUGUGGAAUCUGCUUUGAUUACUUCAACAUCGCUAUGAUAAUCCCCCAGUGUUCACAUAACUACUGUUCUCUGUGCAUACGGAAGUUCCUGUCAUACAAGACGCAGUGUCCCAUCUGUUGUGUGGCGGUCACAGAGCCCGAGUUACGGAAUAACCGCAUACUGGACGAGCUGGUGAAAACCUACGUCACUGCCAGGAAGCAUCUGUCCCAUCUCCUCUCGGAUUCUUCUCCGCCGUCUCCGCAAAAGACCUCGUCUGGCAAGUUGGCUGCCGACAGAUCACACGGUGGCUUGCGGAAGAAAAUCAAGCAGGAGGGAAAAUCAAUGGAGAAGUUCCUGGUAAAAACAAAGACGCAAACUCCUGAAAGAUCAUUGGGGAAAUCGUCCGAUAGAAAUUUGUUUUCUACCUCUACCUCCGCUAUCAAGGUCAAAGAGGAACCUAAUGGUGAAGAGCCAGAUGUGAUGGAUUGUUCUAUUUCAAGUGUACCUUCCACAUCGAUCGAGAAAGUGAAAGUGGAAUGCCCAGUGUGCGGGGUUGGUAUCCUGGAACAGUACAUAAACAAACACUUGGACGGCUGCCUGACCAGAGAUGAGAAAAAGGAGAGUCUGCGCAGUUCUGUUCAAAAACGGAAGCCCAUGGCCAAGGUUGUGUACAAUCUCCUGUCUGAGCGGGACCUAAGGAAGAGGUUGAAGGAGGUCGGCCUGUCCACUCACGGCUCCAAGCAGCAGCUGACCAGAAGGCACCAGGAGUUUGUGCAUCUCUUCAAUUCGCAGUGCGACGCUCUAAACCCCAAGUCAGCUGCAGAAAUAGUAAGCGAGAUUGAGGAAAAUGAGAAAAUCCGCUCAGUCCUGGAUGCAAAACAAGAGAAUGUUAUGACGUUCAGUAAGCAGCAGAGCGAAGCACAAAUAGACGAGAUUCACGCGGAAUACAGAAAGAAACACCGAACGGAGUUCCAGCAGCUGAUGGAGCAGGUGAAAUGCCGGAGGAAGGCUUCCACAGGAAAGAAAGUGAAAGAGGAGCCUGUAGAUUGUGAGAUCAGAGCAGGUGAACUUAAUGAGGAAUAUGCAAGACCGACGGAGGGUCCCACCCCGGGUGAUGACCCACUGCAUGAAAACAUGGAGGAAUCUUUACUCGGAACCCAGACGUCAUUGGUCACUCGCUCCGGCUCACCUGUUUUCCCGCUGUCCCCUCAGUCUAGAGCCAGUUCAAGUUCUGACAUUUUACGAGACAUAGAGGAAGCAGCGACGCUGGAAGAGACCAAUUCCGCCCUUGAUCAGAAUGCACCUAAAGCAAAGAAACGGAAAGUCGCCACUAAAGCAGAAACCCCGAGCAAGCGGCAGACAACUAGGGGCAAGCGGCUGAGGAAGUAGCCCGGUUCUUGGGCUGAACGAAGACCUACACAGAGCAAUUCGGUGGAAUCUGUUACCAGGAUCUUGUUGAUGUGCUAAAAACAAAACAGAAAUUUUUUUCCAACAUACUGUGGAUUUGGAAAUACACAUAAAUAAUGAUGUUUCCUCCAGCAUUGCGUUAUGUGAUGUGACCAUGGGAACGCAGCAUUCUACGUGACUAACAAAGCCGAUUUAUUACAAGGAAUGUGUGCGGCACGAACAUUACAUUAAAUAUGUGAAACAUGAGUUGUAUGUGUUUGGGAAGGGACGUGGGGUGUCUGAGUCGGCAUUGCGGAAACAAAAUGUGAUAGUAAUUUGGUUGAUGUUUGACUUCAUGUACUACGAUGGUGUAUAGUCUCUGUUGUACUUACAGCCGCACCUGCACAACUUCAUCGUAUUAUUGCUUUUAAUAUAAAAAUACUCUUCCUUUCUAGGUAACCAUCGUCUAUUUUAUCUCCAUGAAAGAUGGGCAGUUGCAAUGGGUUGAUAUAUUCACAAUACAGGAUAUUAUCCUGUUUAGCAGCCAGCUGCCUUAUUCUAUAGGAAUAUUAGGACACCCAUAGCACAUGAUGUGAAUAUUGGCCCUUAUAAUUACAGGUACAGUAUAAAGCUAGUUAUUGUUAGAUGUCAGAAAGUUUUUACAUUUUAUGGUGUUGAACUCGCUUCCAUCAUAAAUGGUUAGCGGUAAAUGUUUUAUUGAAAUAAACAAGUUUUAGCACACCUCACACUUUUCAUUCACGGAGUAAGUGACCCGGGAAGGGCUUUUACACAAAUAUGGCUGCAUGCACUGAGCAACUGGUACUGCUUUCCUGAGGAAAUAAUACUUUACUGACGGCCAAGGAAUGCAAAGUCAGUGCUUUGUGCAUUGGAGCAGACAUAGCUAGUUAUAUCUGGUUCUGUCAUGGUCCUGCAUCAAAGACCUAUGAUCUUUUACAGUAGGGGCUGCAAUUGUACGGAUUAUUAUGUGUCCAUAUGAAAUGUAAUACUGAAGUAUCAGAACGUUACCAGAUAUAUUUUGACAAGUUUUACUGCUGGAGUCGGUGCGGCUGUCACAGAACCACACGAGAGGCUUGCUAUACAAUAAAGCACAAAUGUUCCAAUCCUCAGUCAGUGAGCAUUUAGAACCGCACAAUUGGUGCACACUACAGUUUCACAUAUAUGUCAGCAUUAUGCUGGAUUGUGGGAGUCCAUAUGUUCACUAAUCAAAAGAUAAUAUUUAAAGGGGAAAGCCUCAAUCCUGUAGUUUCUCUUUAAGCUAAAUUUUACCUUGACAGCAGAUUUUCUGGUGCAGAUGACAGAACAGCAACUUGUUUCUGCAACAGCUGGAUAUUUCCGGAGAAAGCCAAGCCCAAAACAAUAACUCAUACAUACCUAUUCAAGGGUAACUUACCUGCAGAUAUUUGCGGCUGGAUGUUGUUCCCCUUUAACGGAAUAUCUUCCUGCUUUUAAAUAACACUGGUCAUUACUAGUGUAUGACAACAACUACAGUUGAUUAUACCUGGGAGACUUCACUGGCUGUGUCCCAAGAUUGUCCCUGUGUAGUUUUUCCUUAUUGUGCAAUUUUACUAGAAUUGUUUUUUCUUGUUAAUCAGUAUUUUGUUAUGUAGUCACAGUAAAGUUUAUCCCAGAAUGUU